AGGGAUUCCUCUACUCAGAAGGCCUGGGGCAAAUCAUUUGGGUCAGUGGGAGAGGGGGCAGCAAAGAGGGAGGAGGCCCUCUUGGCUCUUCAGAUCUGGGCAGGCGCUGAAUCCAGAUGGUAGCACCAGAAGAAGAGAGGUUUUGGGAUUUCUGGUAUCUUCCCCCCCCCCCCCCCCAAGAACUCUCAGCACUGACUGAAUUUUAAUUCAGCCCUUUUUGACAAUUAAAACUUUGACUUUGCUUUUACAUUUUAGUAACUAACCUAAAAUAUGUAUCUUUCCUGCCCAUUUAGGUGAGAUAAAGCCAAAGUAUAGAAAGGCCUCUACUUCUGAGAUUGGAAUGUUAACCCUUCUCAGAGCCAUUUGAGAGCUUUUUAGUGACCUUGACAGUGCAGGUGUCACUCUCCUGAUUGGACAGAUGAGAAAAUUGAGACCAAGAGACCAGAAAUAACUAACCCAGGCUUCCACAGCCAGUUGGAGGCAGAGCCUGAAUUGGGUCCCCUGACUCCUGUUGUGGAUGGGGUGCCAUCCCCGGGGAGAUGCCAAGAUCCUUGACAAUCACAUCUCACAGAAGACCCUAGGCCAGUGGAUCGCUGAGAACCAGGACUGCUUGGGCACAAAGGUCAAAGACACCUUUGAUGGCAAGCUGCCCUUCCUCUUCAAAGUGCUCUCGGUUGAAACCGCCCUGUCCAUCCAGGCACACCCUAACAAGGAGCUGGCAGAGAAAUUGCACCUCCAGGCUCCACAGCACUACCCCGAUGCCAACCAUAAGCCAGAGAUGGCCAUUGCCCUCACCUCCUUCCAGGGUUUAUGUGGUUUCCGGCCAGUUGAGGAAAUUGUGACGUUUCUGACAAAGGUGCCCGAGUUCCAGUUUCUAAUUGGAGAUAAUGCGGCCGCACAGCUGAAGCAGAGCCUGAGCCGUGACUCCCAGUGUGUGGCCUCCGCCCUGCGGGGCUGCUUCUCCCAGCUGAUGAAGAGGGACAAGAAGGUGGUGGUGGAGCAGCUCAACCUGUUGGUGAAGCGGGUCUCCCAGCAAGUGGCUGCUGGACACAACAUGGAGGACAUCAACGGCGAGCUCUUGCUGCGGCUGCAUCAGCAGUACCCUGGGGAUAUUGGAUGCUUUGCCAUCUACUUCCUGAACCUGCUCACCCUGAAGCCAGGAGAGGCCAUGUUUCUGGAGGCCAAUGUGCCCCAUGCCUACCUGAAAGGAGACUGUGUGGAGUGUAUGGCGUGUUCAGACAAUACUGUCCGUGCUGGCCUGACACCCAAGUUCAUUGAUGUGCCAACUCUGUGUGAAAUGCUCAACUAUACCCCCAGCAAAGACAGGCUCUUUCUUCCAACGCGGAGUCAAGAAGACCCCUACCUCUUUAUCUAUAAUCCCCCUGUGCCGGACUUCACCGUCAUGAAGAUGGAGGUCCCCGGCUCCAUCACUGAAUACAAGGUCUUGGCAGUGGACUCGGCCAGCAUCCUACUGAUAGUACAGGGAAGAGUGACAGCCAGCACUCCCACAGCCCAGACCCCAAUACCCCUGCAGCGCGGCGGGGUGCUCUUCAUCGGGGCCAAUCAGAGUGUCUCCCUGCAGCUCACUCUGCCCGAUGACCUGCUGAUGUUCCGAGCCUGCUGCCUGCUGUAGAGACCACGGCCUUUCUGGCUGUCCUCUGACGGUUAUCCUAAAUCCCAGCCAGCUUUUCUCAGGCCCAGCUCAAACUCAUCUCCUGUCCUGGACUUGACUGUGUUCUGGAAGAGCUGGGGCAGAGUAGUGAACUUGAAAGUAGUGACUCCUGAGCAAGCCUAGGACAAACCAUCUUUCUCGCGGGAGAAGGACCCCGGUGAGAACUAAGGGCUGACACUCCCCUCGUAGUCUCACCAUACCCGAGCCAGGCUCUCAAGGCAGGAGGCAGCUGCAAUCUGUUCCAGCCCAUAGGCAGGCUGGUAAAACCUCUUAUUAAGCAUCACGCACAGCAACAGGGUAGGUGAGUAGUGUCUAAGAACAGGGUGUUCUGGGACUGCCCAUUUCCUCAAAUGCAAAGGAGGGAAAAGAGCAGACCUGUGGACUUACAUUACUCACUGUCACCCUGACUCUGUCAAGGCAAUUAAAGAUCACUUGUGUUGAAGCCGUGACAUAGAGCAGUCAGCCUUUAGCGUUCCAGUCCCUGAAGUGGGAUGAUAAGAGUCCUUCCUGGA